AUGGAGAAUACAGGUUGGAUGGGCAAGGGACAUAGGAUGACCCCAGCCUGUCCCCUCUUACUGUCUGUGAUUCUGUCCCUGCGCCUGGCCGCCGCCUUCGACCCCGCCCCCAGUGCCUGCUCUGCCCUGGCCUCGGGUGUGCUCUACGGGGCCUUCUCGCUGCAGGACCUCUUUCCUACCAUCGCCUCGGGCUGCUCCUGGACCCUGGAGAACCCUGACCCCACCAAGUACUCCCUCUACCUGCGCUUCAACCGCCAGGAGCAGGUGUGCGCACACUUUGCCCCCCGCCUGCUGCCCCUGGACCACUACCUGGUCAACUUUACCUGCCUGCGGCCUAGCCCGGAGGAGGCAGUGGCCCAGGCGGAGUCAGAGGUGGGGCGGCCAGAGGAGGAGGAGGCGGAGGCGGCAGCGGGGUUGGAGCUGUGCAGCGGCUCGGGCCCCUUUACGUUCCUGCACUUCGACAAGAACUUUGUGCAGCUGUGCCUGUCGGCUGAGCCCUCCGAGGCCCCGCGCCUGCUGGCGCCUGCUGCCCUAGCCUUCCGCUUUGUCGAGGUCUUGCUCAUCAACAACAACAACUCCAGCCAGUUCACCUGUGGUGUGCUCUGCCGCUGGAGUGAGGAGUGUGGCCGCGCUGCCGGCAGGGCCUGCGGCUUUGCUCAGCCAGGCUGCAGCUGCCCUGGAGAGGCGGGGGCCGGCUCCGCCACCACCACAUCUCCAGGCCCUCCUGCUGCCCACACCCUGUCCAAUGCCCUGGUGCCCGGAGGCCCAGCCCCACCUGCUGAGGCCGAUUUGCACUCGGGGAGCAGCAAUGAUCUAUUCACAACCGAGAUGAGAUAUGGUGAGGAGCCGGAAGAGGAACCGAAAGUGAAAACCCAGUGGCCGAGGUCUGCAGAUGAGCCUGGGCUAUACAUGGCACAGACAGGCGACCCGGCGGCUGAGGAGUGGUCCCCGUGGAGCGUGUGUUCCCUGACGUGUGGGCAGGGUCUGCAGGUGCGGACCCGCUCCUGCGUGUCCUCCCCCUAUGGGACCCUGUGCAGCGGGCCCCUGCGGGAGACCCGGCCCUGCAACAAUUCAGCCACCUGCCCAGUGCACGGCGUGUGGGAGGAGUGGGGGUCCUGGAGCCUGUGCUCCCGCAGCUGCGGGCGGGGGUCCCGGAGCCGGAUGCGGACCUGCGUGCCCCCCCAGCACGGCGGCAAGGCCUGCGAGGGUCCCGAGCUGCAGACUAAGCUCUGCAGUAUGGCUGCCUGCCCGGUGGAAGGCCAGUGGCUAGAAUGGGGUCCCUGGGGCCCAUGUUCCACGUCCUGUGCCAAUGGGACCCAGCAGCGCAGCCGGAAGUGCAGUGUGGCGGGCCCAGCCUGGGCCACAUGCACGGGUGCCCUCACUGACACCCGGGAGUGCAGCAACCUCGAGUGCCCGGCCACUGAUAGCAAGUGGGGGCCAUGGAAUGCAUGGAGCCUGUGCUCUAAGACGUGUGACACAGGCUGGCAGCGCCGCUUCCGCAUGUGCCAGGCCACGGGCACGCAGGGCUACCCCUGCGAGGGCACCGGAGAGGAGGUGAAGCCUUGUAGUGAGAAGAGGUGUCCAGCCUUCCACGAGAUGUGCAGGGAUGAGUACGUGAUGCUGAUGACGUGGAAGAAGGCAGCUGCUGGUGAGAUCAUCUACAACAAGUGCCCCCCGAACGCCUCAGGGUCUGCCAGCCGCCGCUGUCUCCUCAGUGCCCAAGGCGUGGCAUACUGGGGGCUGCCCAGCUUUGCUCGCUGCAUCUCCCAUGAGUACCGCUACCUGUAUCUGUCACUUAGGGAGCACCUGGCCAAGGGGCAGCGCAUGCUGGCGGGCGAGGGCAUGUCACAGGUGGUGCGCAGCCUGCAGGAGCUACUGGCCCGGCGCACCUACUAUAGUGGGGACCUGCUCUUCUCUGUGGACAUUCUGAGGAAUGUCACUGACACCUUUAAGAGGGCCACCUACGUGCCCUCAGCUGAUGAUGUGCAGCGCUUCUUCCAGGUGGUGAGCUUCAUGGUGGAUGCGGAAAACAAGGAGAAGUGGGACGAUGCUCAGCAGGUGUCCCCUGGCUCUGUGCACCUGCUCCGUGUCGUGGAGGACUUCAUUCACCUGGUGGGCGAUGCUCUCAAGGCCUUCCAGAGCUCUCUGAUUGUCACGGACAAUCUAGUGAUCAGCAUUCAGCGAGAGCCCGUCUCAGCUGUGUCCAGCGACAUCACGUUCCCCAUGCGGGGCCGCCGGGGCAUGAAGGACUGGGUGCGGCACUCAGAGGACCGCCUCUUCCUGCCCAAGGAGGUGCUCAGCCUCUCCUCCCCAGGGAAGCCAGCUACAUCUGGGGCAGCAGGCAGCCCUGGCAGGGGGAGGGGCCCAGGAACGGUGCCCCCUGGCCCGGGCCACUCCCACCAGCGCCUCCUCCCAGCAGACCCCGAUGAGUCCUCCUACUUUGUGAUUGGUGCUGUGCUCUACCGCACCCUUGGCCUCAUCCUGCCGCCCCCCAGGCCCCCACUGGCUGUCACAUCGCGGGUGAUGACAGUGACUGUGCGCCCCCCUACCCAGCCUCCAGCCGAGCCCCUCAUCACUGUGGAGCUCUCCUACAUCAUCAAUGGCACCACGGAUCCCCAUUGCGCCAGCUGGGACUACUCCAGAGCAGAUGCCAGCUCAGGAGACUGGGACACUGAAAAUUGCCAGACCCUGGAGACCCAGGCAGCUCACACCCGCUGCCAGUGCCAGCACCUGUCCACCUUUGCUGUGCUGGCCCAGCCGCCCAAGGACCUGACCCUGGAGCUGGCGGGCUCCCCCUCGGUCCCCCUGGUGAUCGGCUGUGCGGUGUCGUGCAUGGCACUGCUCACUCUGCUCGCCAUCUAUGCUGCCUUUUGGAGGUUCAUAAAAUCUGAGCGCUCCAUCAUCUUGCUGAACUUUUGCCUCUCCAUCUUGGCAUCCAACAUCCUGAUCCUCGUGGGCCAGUCCCGGGUGCUGAGCAAGGGCGUGUGCACCAUGACGGCUGCCUUCCUGCACUUCUUCUUUCUCUCCUCCUUUUGCUGGGUGCUUACCGAGGCCUGGCAGUCCUACCUGGCUGUCAUUGGGCGGAUGCGCACCCGCCUCGUUCGCAAGCGCUUCCUCUGCCUGGGCUGGGGUCUGCCUGCCCUGGUGGUGGCCGUGUCUGUUGGCUUUACCCGAACCAAAGGAUACGGUACAUCCAGCUACUGCUGGCUCUCCCUGGAGGGCGGCCUGCUCUACGCCUUUGUGGGCCCUGCAGCCGUCAUUGUCCUGGUGAACAUGCUCAUCGGAAUCAUCGUCUUCAACAAGCUCAUGGCACGUGAUGGCAUCUCCGACAAAUCCAAGAAGCAGAGGGCCGGGUCGGAGCGGUGCCCCUGGGCCAGCCUGCUCCUCCCCUGCUCAGCGUGUGGAGCGGUCCCCAGCCCCCUGCUCAGCUCAGCCUCGGCCAGGAACGCCAUGGCCUCACUCUGGAGCUCCUGCGUGGUGCUGCCCCUGCUGGCGCUCACCUGGAUGUCUGCCGUCCUGGCUAUGACAGACCGCCGUUCCGUCCUCUUCCAGGCCCUCUUUGCUGUCUUCAACUCUGCGCAGGGCUUUGUCAUCACUGCUGUGCACUGCUUCCUGCGCCGAGAGGUCCAGGAUGUGGUGAAGUGCCAGAUGGGGGUGUGCCGGGCUGAUGAGAGCGAAGACUCCCCUGACUCAUGUAAGAACGGGCAGCUGCAGAUCCUGUCAGACUUUGAAAAGGAUGUGGAUCUGGCUUGUCAAACAGUUCUGUUCAAGGAGGUCAACACUUGCAACCCGUCCACCAUCACGGGCACACUAUCCCGCCUGUCCCUGGAUGAGGAUGAGGAGCCCAAGUCCUGCCUCGUGGGCCCUGAGGGCAGCCUCAGCUUCUCACCACUGCCUGGGAAUAUCCUGGUGCCCAUGGCAGCCUCACCAGGGCUGGGGGAGCCGCCGCCCCCGCAGGAGGCCAACCCUGUGUACAUGUGUGGGGAGGGCGGCCUGCGGCAGCUGGACCUCACAUGGCUGCGGCCCACUGAGCCGGGCUCUGAGGGGGACUACAUGGUGCUGCCUCGGCGGACUUUGAGCCUGCAGCCUGGUGGUGGGGGUGGAGGCGGUGAGGAUGCCCCCAGGGCUCGGCCGGAGGGGACCCCCCGGCGGGCUGCCAAGACAGUGGCCCACACUGAAGGCUACCCCAGCUUCCUGUCCGUGGACCACUCGGGCCUGGGGCUGGGCCCUGCCUAUGGGUCUCUCCAGAAUCCCUAUGGAAUGACCUUCCAACCGCCACCACCGACACCCAGCGCCCGCCAAGUGCCCGAGCCAGGGGAGCGCAGCCGGACCAUGCCUCGCACCGUGCCUGGCUCUACCAUGAAGAUGGGCUCCCUGGAGCGAAAGAAAUUACGGUAUUCAGACCUGGACUUUGAGAAGGUGAUGCACACCCGGAAACGGCAUUCAGAACUCUACCACGAGCUCAACCAGAAGUUCCACACUUUUGACCGCUACCGCAGCCAGUCCACGGCCAAGAGGGAGAAGCGGUGGAGUGUGUCCUCGGGUGGGGCGGCCGAGCGGAGCGUGUGCACCGAUAAGCCCAGCCCCGGGGAGCGCCCCAGCUUGUCCCAACAUCGGCGCCAUCAGAGCUGGAGCACCUUCAAAUCUAUGACACUGGGCUCGCUGCCCCCCAAGCCCCGAGAACGGCUGACUCUGCAUCGGACAGCAGCCUGGGAGCCCACAGAACCACCGGAUGGUGACUUCCAGACAGAGGUGUGAGUGCCACGCUGGACUGCCCACUGCAUAUAAAUAUAUAUAUCUCUCUAUUUUCACACUCCACUUUGGAACUACCCAGGAGCCAGCACCCUCUCCCCUCUCCCGAGGGCUGGGCAGGGAGGCGCCGUGGACUCAGCCAGGCUUGGGGAGCCAGACACGGCUUGGCCUAGGGGCCCAGGGCCCUUCCUUGUUUCUCAGAGGCCCCUCAGCCACUGGAACCCCAUCUUCAGCCCAGCCUGUCCAUCCCUGUCCCGGGCUGGGGAGGGGGGAGGGGAACUUUGUUGGGAAUAAACUUCACUCUGUGGA